AUGUAUGUAUGUAUGUAUGUAUGUAUGUAUCACGUUUUCAUAGGACCGGCGACUUGCCUGUCCACAGACACUACCGCCAUUACGUUCACUUUUGCAGAGAUGGGAACUACGUGGCUACAUUUUCUGACACUGUCAAUAAAAUCAUAGGCAGAGAGUAGAAAGAAUGGAUGUGGUCGAGUCAAUUAAUUAGACGCAUACAUUGCAAUGUGUAACGUAUAAAGAUGGACUAGAUGGAGUUGACAAAUCUACGUUAUCGAUGUGACAGCAACAGUCAACACGCGACUCUUUAUGCGACUUGCACCGCAUAGUAGUCAACAAAGAUACGCUCCAUAAAAAAAUUAAAAAAGGAGGCGAAAGCUUUAAACUUGUCAACGCUGGAUUUGAAUUUGAAUGGAGUAAAACACUAGCUUUUCUUCGCUCGUAUGAAAAAGCAGCUUUAGCCCUUUAGCUGCAGUGAGAAUACUCCAUUAAAGCUGACAAGAAUAUAGCGUGUACAACAUAAAAAACAAAAAUCGGUUUUGUCCGAAAAUGAACUUGGAACUAUUAGAGUCAUUCGGUCAAAACUACCCAGAAGAAUUUGAUGGUACGUUAGAUUGUAUAUCCCUUGCUGUAACCUGUACAUUUAAUAAAAGAGGAACAUUACUUGCUGUUGGAUGCAACGAUGGAAGAAUAGUCAUUUGGGAUUUUUUGACUCGUGGCAUAGCUAAAAUUAUCAGUGCACACGUACAUCCAGUAUGUUCAUUGAGUUGGUCUAGAAAUGGUCACAAGUUAUUAAGUGCAUCAACAGACAAUAAUGUAUGUAUAUGGGAUGUUUUAUCUGGAGAGUGUGAUCAAAAAUAUAGAUUUCCUUCUCCAAUAUUAAAAGUACAGUUUCAUCCAAGAAAUCUCAACAAGUUUUUAGUAUGUCCAAUGCGCCAUGCUGCUGUUAUGGUUGAUGUCGAAGGAACACAUAGAGUUAUACCACUUGAUGAAGAUAGUGAUUUAAACAUAGUAGCAUCAUUUGAUCGACGCGGAGAUUAUGUGUAUACAGGAAAUGCUCGCGGAAGAGUUUUAGUUCUUGACGCUGAGACAUUAAAUGUAAAAGCCUCUUACAAAAUAACGCAAGGUACUGCUAGCAACACAGCAGUAAAAAGUAUAGAAUUUGCACGACGAGGCUCCUGUUUUUUAGUUAAUACCGCUGAUAGAGUCAUUCGCGUAUAUGACAGUACUGAAAUAUUAGCGUGUGGUAAGGAUGGCGAACCUGAGCCAAUACAAAAAUUGCAAGAUCUUGUAAAUAAAACAAUGUGGAAAAAAUGUUGCUUCUCGGGCGACGGAGAAUAUGUGUGCGCUGGAUCAGCGAGACAACACGCAUUGUACGUAUGGGAAAAGAGUAUAGGAAAUUUGGUGAAAAUUUUACAUGGAACUAAAGGCGAGCUUUUACUCGAUGUUGUGUGGCACCCAGUGAGGCCAAUAAUCGCAUCCAUAUCAUCAGGCGUAGUUUCAAUUUGGGCACAAAAUCAGGUGGAGAAUUGGUCUGCGUUUGCGCCGGAUUUCAAAGAGUUGGAUGAAAAUGUUGAAUACGAGGAAAGGGAAAGUGAAUUUGAUUUGAGUGACGAAGAUAAGUCUGUUGUACAAGGAGAAGAGGCUCAGGAUGAAGAAAUAGAAGUUGACGUUGCAUCAAUUGACAGAGUUGCUGCAUUUUGCAGCUCUGAUGAAGAAACUGAAGAUAUUGGUUCUCUUCAAUUUCUACCUAUAUCUCCAGAUGUGGAAGAUUCCGAGGAUAAUCAAGUAACGCCACACGAACCGCCAAUGAAGAAACAUCGUUCACACGAUAUAGAUUUACAGGGGGCACCGAUUGACGAAACACAUCCCUUGUUAAAUAAAGGAAAGGAUAAGCCAACGACGAAGAAGGGAAGACCAAGACUAGAAUAUAAAAAGGGAAAAUGAUUUAAUAUAUGAGAGAGAUAUUGGUAACGAUAAAAAAUUCACUUACAGUAUCUAGUUAUGAGAAAAAUAUGAAAGAUUGUUGGCCAUUUUUAGAACAAGUUUUAAAAGAAAAAAAAGUAAAAGUGUAUGAUAAAUUGGUAAAAAUUGGUUACAACAAAAAGUAAUGAAUUUUGAACAAAUUUCAAAAAAUUCUGAUUCUACCGUUGCCAAAAACAUUAUUAUAUAGAAGUAAUCUGUAACUUAAUUCCUUUCCUUAAAUAUUUCUUCCUUUAUAUAAAAAGUCAGUGAAACUGCGAUUGUGCAUGAAAAAUCUAGUUAUUGCGAUAAAAAAAGCAAUUUUCCUGAAUUAAAAA